AUGCGAGAACAAGUCAUUCGAGAUGAAAAAGAAAUAAGAGAAUUAUUAAUUAACUAUGCAUUAAAUGAUUGCCUCAGUGUUACGAAAUUAUUGAAUAAAUUACCAUCACCAACCAAAUCUUCAACAUCAACAACAACACCAAAUGAUAUAUUUACACUUAAUUACUAUGAGGAAGAAUAUGAUAAUGUAUCUUCAUCUGAUGACACCAAUUAUCAUGUUGAAAUUAAUGCACCAGAUGACGAAUUAACAUUAAAAGAUAAUGAUAUUUCUGAUGAAUUAAAACAAAUUCAUUAA